AUGACAGGCGCUUCUCGGUGUGGCGGAACUCCAUUCCUGGUGUUGACCCGGACAUCGGUCCCGAAGUGGCGGAUCUCCGCCCAGGCGCGAUGCGACUCCUGCCCUCUCUUCGGCAGGCCUGCACGCGCCCUGCGGAUCACAAGGAACCCUCUGUGUCGGUGGUGCCGCUCUCUCACGCUGAGGAGAAUGGCCCGCCUGUCCGCCUCUUCCGGAGCUUCUUCCCGACGUGAGCACCGCAACUCCUUGUCGACCAGCGAGCGGCGGAUUGAAGUCCACAUGCCGAAUCUUUGUCAGAGUGCUCUCUUCCGUCCACAAUAUGAGGGCAAAUGCCCGACGUGCUCGGCCUGGCGUUCCAAUGGUUUGAGAGAGCCUCACAUGCGGAUGCCGCGACUGUUUCACCGUCAUCCUAACAGGCGCAUCGCGCACGGGUCGCCACAGAAAGCGUCAGGCGUGCCAGCAGGCAAGACACGCAGGAAGCACAAACGCGGGCACUCGAGAUGGGCCAGGCACUUCCGCCACCGCCUCGUCACAGACGCCACGGGCUGCUGA